GGUGUGACACGUCACGAGACUAUUACGUCAUUGCUAAACAAGCCAAAAUCUCACAUUGGAAUUUUGGCUCGUCAGAACCUUAAUUUGGACAUAUUGUAAUUUAUUAAUAUUAAUAAGAACAACAUUUAGUUUCCUGAUUUGUUUCGUGAGACCUAGGUUUCAUUUCAAAGAUAUGUCCACCAUGAAUCCCGAAUAUGAUUAUCUGUUCAAGCUGCUGCUAAUUGGUGACUCUGGUGUUGGAAAGUCAUGUUUACUGUUGAGGUUUGCUGAUGAUACCUAUACGGAAAGUUACAUCAGCACAAUUGGAGUAGAUUUUAAAAUUAGAACAAUAGAAUUAGAUGGGAAGACAAUAAAACUCCAAAUUUGGGACACAGCUGGACAGGAACGAUUCAGAACUAUCACGUCAAGUUACUACAGAGGAGCUCAUGGAAUUAUUGUCGUUUAUGAUGUCACAGAUCAGGAAUCCUUUAAUAAUGUAAAACAAUGGCUUCAAGAGAUUGAUCGGUAUGCCUGCGAGAACGUAAACAAACUCUUGGUUGGGAACAAGUGUGACCUAACAACGAAAAAGGUUGUGGAUUACACUACAGCAAAGGAGUUUGCAGACCAGCUAGGCAUCCCCUUCCUGGAAACAAGUGCAAAGAAUGCAACAAAUGUAGAACAGGCUUUUAUGACUAUGGCAGCCGAGAUUAAAAACAGGAUGGGACCAAUGACUUCGGGUGGAGAUGCAAUACGACCUGGAGAUAAGAUUAAUCCCAGCACCCCUGUGAAGCCACAAGGCUCUGGCUGCUGUUAGAAACCAAAAAAAAAAUGUGUUAUGA